CUGCAUGAGAGGAAAAUGGCGGGCGUGGCCUGCAGGGGGCGAUAUGAUCCCAAGCUGAGGAAGGGAAUCCAAGAUGGCGGAUUUGCCAGUGGCGGUGUCCGUUUCGAAGGGAGAGAAAACCCGGCCUGGUACCAUCUUGGAAAACUCCUCGGCCCGAUUUUUUUGCACGGCGGGUCGCGGGAUGGAGCCCUUCUUGCUGAGGGAGGUACGGACGCGGCUGGGCGCCACGGAGAAUAUGUAUCAGGAAAAGUUUUCUUCACCACUGGUGCUGACUUGGAUACGCUGAAGAAGUUGAAGUCUGCUGAGCGGUUAUUUCUGCUACUGGACAAAUACCCUCCACUUGCAGUCUCUAGAAACAAAGGAAAAGUGGUCCAUGAUAUUCAGAAUCUUGUAAAAGAGAAUCCCAGUUGUUGGCUGGAUAUUGUUGCUUUUUGGAAACAUCUUCAUGAUCAGGACUCAAACCCAGAAGUCCUGCCUCAGAAAUGUCCCAAUUCCCAAAAACGGAAAUUGGAAGAUGAGAGAAAUAUCAUCAAAAAUAAAAAACAGAAGAGUGACCCCGUACUAGAGAGAGUUCCUGCAGAAGGUCAAGUUGAAAAACAGCAAAGAUGUGACAUAUCAGAGGCUCAUAAGGACAGUGACGUGUCCCAGGUCUCACCUUUUAUAGAAACAGCUCCUGAACAUCUCCAAGAAAAGCCUCUUGAGAGCAACAGCUACUUUAGUUUCAGAGUAUCUUGCCGCUGUAGUGGGCUGCUUGCGAAAACAUUUACGGCACAGGAGAUGGGGAGAAUAAUUGGAAUAGCUCUUAUGAAAAAUUUUGGAUGGAAAGCAGAUUUGAGACAUCCUGAUAUUGAGAUCUUUGUGCAUCUAAAUGAUAUUUACUGUAUCAUUGGGAUACCGGUUUUUAGACUUCCCUUGUCAAACCGAGCAUAUAUCAGAACUAUUGGGUUGCGAUCUACCAUUGCUUGGGCUAUGGUGUCCCUUGCUGAAAUCAAGGCCGGUGCAUUUGUGUUGGAUCCUACUUGUGGUUUAGGAACAAUACUUUUGGAAGCUGCAAUGGAAUGGCCAGAUGUAAAUUACUUGGGGACUGACAUAAGUGAUGCACAGUUGCAAGGAGCCUACACAAAUAUUAAAGCAGCAAACUUAAUGGAUAAGAUUCAGUUACUGAAAGCUUCUGUGACAGCAUUGCCAUUGCCUUCAGAAAGCAUUGAUGUUGUUUUGGCGGACAUCCCCUUUGGAAAAAAGUUCAAAAUAACCAAAGACAUGGAGUUACUGCCAGAUGUUUUUCAAGAACUUGAAAGGGUGCUCUGCGCUGGGGGAACUCUGGUGCUGUUACUUAGUAGAGAGUUGUAUAAGUGCCUUGCUCAUGGCAUUAACAGUGGUCCUGAAUCUGAGAAUCACAUCUCUGUAGAAGUUGCUAAUGACUGCACCCAGAGUGCCAUGAUAUCAAUUAAGUCAAGUCGCAAAGACAAAGACCCUAGCCUUGUGAAUGAAGUGAAAGAACACAUCACCAAUCAUCAUAGAACAGCUUUUGGCUCUCUGGUGCUAGUAGAAUCCUUUGAAGUUAGUCUUGGUAAAACAGAUGCAUUUAUAUGCAAGUAUAAGAAGCCAAUUGCAACCCCUACAAAGAGGUAACAACAGCACUAGACAAGAGAGCAUCAAAUGGUCUGGAGCAUGCUCUAAAAUCAUAUAGAGCCAGGAAAGCUAGGCAUGGGUGAAUCUGAGCAUGGCAGUCAACAGUACACUACUUUCCACAUUGCAAAUGGUUCCUGAAGGCCUAUCGAGUCUUGCCUGAAACCACAAAAA